AUGUUACUGCUCAGAUUAAGUUUAGAAUCAGUAAGAAUAUCCUAUGUUCUUCAAUACGAAUGUGCUCCGGCUACCCUUUUUGUAACGACGCACGUUGAUCUUGGUGCCAUCACUACGGAUUUUCUUUCUACAGUCUUAAGUAAUUCUCUUGCAAUACGAAUCAGCAAGGCCAGCUGGAGUACUGAGAACUUAGCCAUGCUGGUCCAUCCGGCACACAAUCUUCACAAAUCUCUGUCUCUCUUGCGACCACAAUAG